AUGAAAACAGGAAGAAAGACACCAUGAGGAAAUAUUUCCAAAAAAAUGAAUCAGAGUGCGAUGGGGUGAUAUUGUGCGGUGGAAUGAGUCGUGAACUCAGCGCGUCAGCCAAAGGCAGAUGGAAGAGAUCGAGGCUUUGGCUUUUCAGAGAGAGAGAGAGAGAGAGAGAGAGAGAAGGAAUACGUCUUCCAUGAGCUGAUUUUUUCCCCUUUUUUUGCUGGACAUCCCAUAUGAUGGAACGAGCGAUGGAGCAUUUGAAUGUACAGCUGAAUCGACUGACGCGCUCCCUGCGUCGCGCGAGGACUGUGGAACUCCCAGAAGACAGUGAAACAGCCGUGUACACCCUCAUGCCCAUGGUCAUGGCUGACCAACACAGGUCAGUUUCUGAAUUGCUUUUAAACUCAAAGUUUGAUGUCAACUAUGCCUUUGGACGUGUUAAAAGAAGCCUUCUACACAUUGCUGCCAACUGUGGAUCGGUAGAGUGUCUUGUCCUGCUGUUAAAGCGUGGAGCGAAUCCAAACUAUCAGGAUAUCUCCGGCUGCACACCUCUGCAUCUGGCUGCAAGAAACGGACAGAAGAAGUGUAUGGGCAGACUGUUAGAGUACAACGCUGAUGUUAAUAUCUGCAAUAAUGAAGGUCUCACUGCUAUUCAUUGGCUGGCAGUGAAUGGAAGGACAGAGCUUCUUCAUGACCUGGUGCAGCAUGUGUCUAAUGUGGACGUGGAGGACGCCAUGGGCCAGACAGCCUUACAUGUGGCCUGCCAGAAUGGACACAAGACUACAGUGCAGUGUCUUCUGGACAGUGGAGCGGACAUCAACAGGCCCAAUGUCUCUGGAGCCACUCCACUCUAUUUCGCCUGCAGUCAUGGUCAGAGGGACACCGCACAGAUACUGCUCCUUAGGGGUGCCAAGUAUUUGCCAGACAAAAAUGGGGUUACACCGCUUGACCUGUGUGUGCAGGGAGGUUAUGGUGAAACAUGUGAAAUUCUGAUCCAGCACCAUAGCAGACUGUUUCAGACACUGAUACAGAUGACCCAGAAUGAUGACAUUAAAGAGAACAUGCUAAGGCAGGUUCUAGAAUAUGUUUCACAGCAGAGUGACUCCAGCUACCAAAGGAUGUUGACCAGCUUGGCUGAGGUGGCCACCACAAACGGACAUAAACUGCUUAGUUUGUCCAGUAACUUUGAGGUCCAAACAAAGAGUCUGCUCCGAAUUGUCCGGAUCUUCUGUCAUGUGUUCUGUCUUGGGCCGUCCUCCCCAAAUAACGGGAAUGACAUGGUUUACAACGGAAACAAGACACCACGUAACCAGGUUUUUAAGCCUCUGGAGCUGUUGUGGCACUCUCUUGAUGAAUGGCUGGUCCUCAUCUCCACCGAGCUGGAUAAAGAGAGCACAGACGCAACAACCUCAUCCUCAGGAAACGACAUUGCAUCACUCUUCUUGAAAAAGCAGGAGGUCGACCCUUCUGUUUCCAGCGAAAAUCCCCCUCUGUUGCUGGAUGCCAAGUCCGUGAUGAAGACGCCGGAGGGCUACGCCGAUGGUCAGGAUGUCAUCUCUAUGAUAGCCAAUCGCCUGAGCGCUGUGAUCCAGGCCUUCUACAUGUGCUGUUCCUGUCAGAUGCCACAUGGCAUGACAUCCCCUCGAUUCAUCGAGUUUGUCUGUAAACAUGAUGAAGUGCUCAAGUGUUUUGUGACAAGGAAUCCCAAAAUAAUCUUCAACCACUUCCACUUCCUGCUGGAAUGUCCUGAACUCAUGUCUCGCUUCAUGCAUAUUAUUAAAGGACAGCCAUUUAAAGACAGGUGUGAGUGGUUUUAUGAGCAUCUUCUGGCUGGACAGCCAGACUCGGAUAUGGUGCACCGGCCAGUUAAUGAAAAUGAUAUUCUUCUUGUUCACAGAGACUCAAUAUUCCGAAGCAGCUGCGAGGUUGUGUCCAAGUCAUCCAAUGAGAAACUCAAACAAGGCAUUGCAGUGCGGUUUCACGGUGAAGAGGGAAUGGGUCAGGGGGUGGUCAGAGAGUGGUUUGACAUUCUGUCCAAUGAGAUCAUCAACCCAGACUAUGCACUGUUUACACAAUCAGCGGAUGGUACCACGUUUCAACCCAACAGUAAUUCUUCUGUAAACCCAGAUCAUCUGAACUACUUCCGAUUUGCUGGUCAAAUCCUGAGUCUGGCUCUCUAUCAUCGACAGCUGGUGAACAUCUACUUCACACGCUCCUUUUACAAGCACAUACUAGGCAUCCCAGUGAGCUAUCAGGAUGUGUCAUCCAUCGACCCAGAGUAUGCUAAAAAUCUGCAGUGGAUUCUGGACAAUGACAUCAGUGACCUUGGCCUUGAGCUCACCUUCUCUGUAGAAACAGAUGUUUUUGGAACUAUGGAAGAGGUCCCUCUCAAACCAGGAGGAACUGCCAUUCAGGUCACCCAAGACAACAAGGAGGAGUAUGUGCAGCUGGUGACGGAGCUCAGGAUGACCCGAGCGAUUCAGCCGCAGAUCAAUGCCUUCCUGCAGGGCUUUCACACUUUCAUCCCCCCCUCGCUCAUCCAGCUCUUUGAUGAAUAUGAGCUGGAACUGCUGUUGUCAGGCAUGCCUGAAAUUGAUGUGAUGGACUGGAAGAAGAACACAGAGUACACUAGUGGCUAUGACCUGCAGGAGCCUGUUAUACAGUGGUUUUGGGAAGUGGUUGAAAAUCUCACUCAAGAAGAAAGAGUCCUCCUCUUACAGUUUGUUACAGGAAGUUCAAGAGUCCCUCAUGGAGGAUUUGCUUUUCUGAUGGGCGGCAGCGGUCUGCAGAAGUUUACUGUUGCCGCUGUGCCCUACACAUCAAACCUACUGCCUACCUCUAGUACAUGUAUCAACAUGCUGAAACUCCCAGAAUACCCCAGCAAGGCUGUCCUGCGUGAUCGUUUGCUGGUUGCACUGCAUUGUGGGAGUUAUGGAUACACCAUGGCGUGACGCCGGCUUCUGCGUUUGCUGAGAAUUCUGCUCUGUGGACACACAACGCACACAUGGCUCAGUUCAGGGAUUCUACAACACUUCGAUUCAAAAGCCUUUAUAUUUCGUUUAUUUUUGGCACUAGGAAAUUUAUGACAAGGACAUCGGUGAAUAAUGACAUGAAUUAAUGAUACAUCAGGCACUGAGGCUGUUUUAUACAUGUGAAAAAGAUGUUUAGGUCACAUUUCACCGUGAAUUCAAAAUAAGGAUGUUUUUUUUUAGUUUUUCAUUGCUGUAGUACUCAUUUUUUCUGUAUCACACCAAAUGCAAAACUAUUAUAUAUAUAUAUAUUUUUUUUUUUUUUUUUUUGUAGUAUUAAUAUGAAUGUUUCUGUAUUACAACAAAUGCAGUACUAUUACUAUUUUAUAUUUUAUGCUACUUUUUUGUAUUAGUAUUAUAAUUUAUUCAAAUCCUUUACAAUUUUACUUUUAUCCAUAUAUAUAAUGUACACACACACACACACUUGACUUUUUUUUUUUUUUUUUUAAUAAAUUUCAUCAUAAAAAUAGGUUGAAUAUAUACGUUUUUUGGUGAAAUAUGACCUAGGCAUGCUCUUCCAGGUUUCUUGAGGUUCACUCUUGCAUACUUGCCAAUGACUGAAUCCAAAUGGCCUGUUACAUGCGAAAGUCAGAUUUCUUUUACAUUAUUACAUGUACUCCAGGCUGUAUUAUUUCAGUUAUCUGAUGCUGUUCAGCUCACGCCAUGCUUGAACAGCAUGUGUGUGCGGAUGCAUGUGAGACAGUGAAAUAUCUAUAGCUUUUAUCACAGCUCUCAACUGUCAACACAUUAUUGAAAAUGGUUAUUUUGAGCAGUUGUCUUUUUUGUUUUGUUUGAAUUUUUUUUUUGUUGCGUUGUUGUAUUGGUCUCUUGUGGCACACUUUCAGUUAGUGGUCUAGAAAGUUCUUUACUCUCUCAUGAUUAUCGUGUCAUAUAUAUUUUUAUGUACUCAAAUGUAUUUAGUUAUAUAUGAGGUUGUCAGCAAAGUCCAGGAAUUCUUCAUGUUAUAUCCGGUGUCUAAAUUGUUUAUGUGCCGCCAAGUUAUUCAGUAUAAAUGAUCAAAUAAUGUUAUAGGUGUGCCAAAUAUUCACACAAGCAAAUCAUACAAUUUCCUUUUGUAAAACAAGGACAUGUCAUGAAAUGAUUUUGGAAAGGGAAGUGAUAUAAUUUUAGGAAUGUGUCAUAUCUUUACUAUUGGUUGUGGUUAAAGUGAAAAUGAAGAUAUAUUUAUAAAAUUUAUUUAUUCUGAUUUAUCAUGAUUUUGGAUUUAAAUUUGUUUUUGUACUUGUAAUAACUGUACUGUAAGUAUUCUGUACAAUCUUUUGGAUAUUACAGACGGGCAUCCAAAAUAUUAAAGUAUGCUUUUUAUUAAAAAU